GGCCUGCAACGGCUAUUGGGCUUGUCUAGGCAUUGAUUAGCCACUUGGUCCUACACUCCUACACCACCAUCGAGCAAAUAGUGAGAAAAAAAUAUAAGAGGGUGUAAAAUAGAGUAAGCGCUCAGCGCAACCAAAUUGGAUUUGAUGUGCUGCAAGGCCUGCUACAGCCAUUGGGCCUGUCUAAACAACAUGAGUACCAAAUUAAACCUCAUCAAACCCAAACAAAAAAGAAAAAUAAAAAAAAUCAAGAAAACCAAUGAAUAAACAACGGCAGUUAAGGAAAGUGAUAUGUAAACAACAGGAUACUUUUCUGGAGAAAAUCCCAGAUGAAUUAUGAACAAAAAAGGUCUUGCAAUUUUGAUGAGAACUCGAAUGAAACCAACAAAUUUUUCUCUUUCUCCUGUUACUAACAAAAUGUCAGCGAAUUCAGAGGGAAAUGAACCCAGAAAACCAAUUUCAGCAAAUGAUGGAUACCCAAAAUUUGAUCACAAGCUCAAUUCCCCAGAAAUCCAUGAAAGAUGCAGAGGAAUUGAGCUUGUGCGGGAAAGAAUGCACUCAGCUAUAUCAAUGAACAAGACUGAACUUCAGGAUAAUGUUCUAAGUGAUUUCUCUGAGGGUUAUUAUGGUCUUUCUAUUGAAGACCGACGAGAGUUACUUAUGGUACUUGCCAAAGAGUACGAUCUCAACAGGACCUAUGUUCGUGAUCUUAUGAAGCAAUAUCUUGGCCUUCAGCUUCCUGCUGGCGAUAAAUGUGAAAUUGGUGUUGAGGAUGAUGGCUCACUUUCCACUUUUUACCGCACUGAGAAACAUUUGAGGCAUGCACUACAGCCAACUUAUGAAGUUCUGUUUGAAAGGUUGAAUACCCAUCCUGGAGGAUUGAAAUUCUUAUCAGUACUUCGUGCUGAUAUUCUUUCUACAAUCAAGGAACACAACAUUCCAUCUUUGCGAGCACUAGAUUCCUACUUAAAGGAGAAGCUUAUCACAUGGCUAAGUCCAGCUGCAUUAGAGCUUCACCACAUAACUUGGGAUGAUCCUGCUUCAUUGUUGGAGAAAAUUGUUGCUUAUGAGGCUGUUCAUCCUAUCAGCAGUCUACUUGAUCUUAAGAGGAGACUAGGAGUAGGUCGUCGCUGUUUUGGGUAUUUGCAUCCUGCAAUUCCUGGUGAACCUCUUAUAUUUAUUGAGGUAGCAUUAUUAAAAAAUGUUGCUCAGACUAUACAGGAAGUUCUCUGGGAUGAUCCUCCAAUACUUGAAUGUGAAGCAACUUGCGCAUUAUUUUACUCAAUCUCAUCUAGUCAGCCAGGCUUGGCAGGAAUUAACCUUGGAAAGUUCCUUAUUAAACGUGUGAUUGAACUGGUGAAACAAGAUAUGCCACAUAUAUGUACAUUUGCAACACUUAGUCCGAUCCCUGGGUUCAUGAGCUGGCUGAUAUCAAAGUUGGCAUCACAAUCUAAGCUUGCAGAAGCAGAGACUAUAGACAUGUCAGGUUCUUCCAAGGAAAGUACAGGUUCUACAUUCAGAGAAGAUGUGCUAACAGCAGAGGAAGAGAGAGAAGUCCUAGAUAAACUGGGGGAAUCUACAUCCGGAAAAACGGGUAUUGAAGUCAUACUGAAUUUGCUGAAAUCUCCAAACCAUGCAUGGAGCAAAUCUGAUAGGGUUUUGUCAGUGCUGAAACCUAUUUUGAUGCGACUUUGUGCCAGGUACCUUCUUCAAGAAAAAAAGAGAGGAAAAGCUCUAGAUGCUGUUGCAAACUUUCACUUGCAGAACGGAGCGAUGGUCGAGAGGUUAAACUGGAUGGCUGACAGAUCAGAGAAAGGACUCUCGCAAAGCGGUGGUAUCAUGGUUAAUUAUAUGUACAGGUUGGACAACAUUGAAGAAAAUGCCCAAUCAUAUUUCAGCUCGGGCCAUGUUAAUGCUGCUUCAGACCUUUGGAGACUUGUGGAAUAGAGGUAGAAUACUAAUUUACACUAGUAUCACUUGGAUCUUUAUACAUGUGCAGAUUUUCUUCUACCAGCAAGCACGGCAUAACAAGUUGAAGUUUUCCUGUAACAACUAAAUGCUUCAAGUUUUCUGGUAAAAAUGUACAAAUUAUACAUAUCAAACUGAAUUCAUCAUGUAAAUGCCUUGAAAUCCUAUAUUUUGGUUCACUUGUUAAAUGCUGCUCUUCUUAGUGUGCUGGCCAUCAUGAUUAUACUCAA